ACAGGUCAGAGAGCUCUUGAAGAUGCGGGGAUACCAUACUCUUUGGUGGAACAGGCCUGCGUUGGCUAUGUCUAUGGUGACUCCGCCUGCGGCCAGCGAGCAAUCUAUCACAGUUUGGGGCUCACAGGAAUCCCAAUCAUCAAUGUCAACAAUAACUGCUCCACUGGCUCCACCGCUCUCUUCAUGGCCAAACAGCUGGUUGAAGGAGGUCUGGUAGACUGUGUUCUAGCCCUCGGUUUUGAGAAGAUGGAGCGGGGAUCUUUACAGGCCAAGUUUGCUGACCGGACCAACCCCAUUGAUAAGCAUGUGGAACUUUUGGCAAACAAAUAUGGCCUGGAGCCCGCUCCAUUGGCCCCGCAGAUUUUUGGAAGAGCCGGUCUUGAACAUAUGGAAAAAUAUGGAACAACGCCAGAACAUUUUGCUAAGAUUGCAUGGAAGAAUCACAAGCACUCUAUAAACAACCCGAACUCACAAUUUCAAGAGGAAUACAGCCUUGACGAGGUGAAAAAUUCCAGGAAAGUCUUCGAUUUUCUUACAGUUCUUCAAUGCUGCCCAACUUCAGAUGGAGCAGCAGCUGCUAUAGUGGUUAGUAAGGACUUUGUUCAUAAACACAGGUUGGAAAGCCAGGCAGUAGAGAUCUUGGCACAGGAGAUGGUCACUGAUACCGCCAGCAGUUUUGAGGAGCAAAGUUGCAUUAAAAUGGCUGGCUUUGACAUGAGUAAGACUGCAGCUGAUCGCUGUUAUCAGAAGACCGGCUUGAGGCCAGAAGAUGUGGAUGUGAUUGAACUUCAUGAUUGCUUCUCUGCUAAUGAACUCAUUACAUAUGAAGCAUUGGGACUCUGUCCUGCAGGUAAAGCUGGAGAACUGAUUGACAGAGGGAACAACACGUAUGGAGGUCGGUGGGUCGUCAAUCCAAGUGGGGGAUUGAUCUCCAAGGGACAUCCUCUGGGAGCAACAGGCCUGGCUCAGUGUGCAGAACUCUGCUGGCAGCUCAGAGGUCAGGCUGGGAAAAGGCAAGUUCCUGGAGCCAAGCUAGCCCUGCAGCACAACAUUGGACUCGGGGGAGCCGUGGUGGUCGCCUUAUACAAGAUGGGAUUCCAGGAUGCAGAGCCCAGUUUCAGGUCCACUCAUAUCCAGCUUGUGCCAACCAGCGCUGAAAAUGGAUUUAAAUCCCAAUAUGUGUUCAAGGAGAUUGAAAAGAAGCUGGCAGAGGAAGGGGGUGAAUAUGUGCAAAAGAUUGGAGGUGUGUUUGCCUUUAAGGUAAAAGAUGGGCCUGGAGGGAAGGAGGCCACUUGGGUUGUUGAUGUGAAGAACGGAAAAGGAUCUGUGCACUAUGACUCAGAUAAAAAGGCGGAUUGCACAAUCACCAUGGCGGACUCUGACCUCUUGGCUUUGAUGACUGGAAAGAUCAAUCCUCAGACAGCUUUCUUCCAGGGCAAGCUGAAAAUCAAUGGAAAUAUGGGAAUGGCCAUGAAACUGCAGAGCCUACAACUGCAGCCAGUGAAAGCCAAGCUGUAA